UCUUUACCGAUUCAGAAUGGCGAUUUCAUCGAACAUAUAUGUCCAGUGGUUCCAGUUUAAUCUGAAAUUUUUCAUUCAAAUAUCUUUUUUCAACAGAACAAACCGUAGUCUCCAUCAAUUCAAAUGAGCUACCCUCGAGAGCACGCGGAUUUCUUGAAGUGAGCGGUUAGAGGAUGAAAGUCAUUUCCUAGAAAGUAAAUUGCACUGGUGAUGACAUCGUUGCCCUGACUACGAAAUCGGUGUGAUCCCCCGAAAGUUGUAAUUCCCUCGUCCUUAAAAUUGAGGUGUUGGGUUGGAUCAUUUGGAUUAUUUAUUGGUUCUGAUUUUUAGUUGAGGAUAAGUGAACUCUUUUGAGAAAUUAACUCGUGGAAGAUGAGUGUCGCAGACGGAGCUAAUCUGACUCGUGGGGAGAUGAUGUCCUUGAUUGUCCGGCUAACAAUUGUUACAGCCGUUGGAUUUUUCAGUAUGAAAUGGAUUAUGAGCCAGAUGGACCCCAUGUCAAAAGCGAAAAAAAAGGCUAAGGAGAGGGCGGAGAGUCAGCUGAGAAAACUGGGGAAAGCGAAUAGUAUCAGUCUGAGUGUUGAUACUAAGCAGCUAACGGAUUACGAAAUGAUGAUCGCCAGUCAUUUAAUUGAUCCGCAAGAUAUUCCUGUAUCUUGGGAACAUAUUGCUGGGCUUGACUCGGUUAUUCAGGAGCUCAAGGAGACUGUUAUCUUACCGAUUCGGAGGAAGGAGCUGUUUGAGGAUUCUAGGUUGACUCAAGCCCCAAAGGGAGUACUCCUUCAUGGGCCACCAGGCUGUGGAAAAACCAUGAUUGCCAAAGCUACAGCCAGGGAAAGUGGCACUUGCUUCAUAAAUCUUGAUGUGAGUCUUCUAACAGACAAGUGGUACGGCGAGAGCCAGAAACUUACAGCUGCUGUUUUCUCACUGGCUGUUAAGAUUCAACCCUGUAUAAUUUUCAUCGAUGAAAUAGAUUCGUUCUUGCGAGCAAGAACUUCACAGGACCACGAGGCGACGGCCAUGAUGAAGGCCCAGUUUAUGUCCCUGUGGGAUGGACUUAUCACAGACCCAUCCUGCACUGUUAUUGUCAUGGGUGCAACUAAUCGUCCGCAAGAUCUGGACCGUGCGAUACUACGGCGAAUGCCAGCUACGUUCCAUAUAGGUUUACCGAAUGAGCAGCAACGUACGCAAGUACUAAAGUUAAUCCUAGACAAAGAGCCUACUGCUGAAGAUGUAGAUGCUGUGAAGCUAUCCAAAUUGACCGAGGGAUUUUCAGGCUCUGACCUCCACGAGCUAUGUCGAACAGCGUCAUUAUAUAGAGUGAGAGAUUACUCUCGAGAACAUCCCAAUGCAUCACAUCAAAGUGUUCCCGAGGAAGACGAGUUUCACGACGCAUUGCGUCCAAUCACCCAUGACGACCUUAUAACAGCCUUCAAACGAAUGCGAAUGUCGAAAGUUCAAACCGGUGGAUUGUCCAACCUUUCAAAACUUGAACUAGAUUAGGAAAAAAUUAAUUAUGAUCUCCCGAGUUUAUGAAUAAACAAAUUAUUAAGAUAAUUUUCAUUUGGCCAUCAAUCAUGUCACAAACAGAUGUAGUUCGACUAUGAAGAGAAAAAUUCUCGAUGAAUUUUGAAGAACAAGUACAUAAGGCGAUGGAGCAACCAAUGCAGUCCUCAUUUCCUAUUAACCAAUCAUCAUUUUCGUUCAAUGUUUGUAAAUAUUGAAUAUAUGUCUCUAACAUUUGGAGUUAUCAAAUAUAUAAUUGUUAGUUGAGAGGAAUCAUUAAAGAAUACCUGAAAAUGA